UUUCAAACACAUGGCAACAAGAUCUUUCAAUCAAGACCCCUUAGAAAAUUUUUUUUCACUGAUAAGAAGCCAUGGAGUGAGAAACAUAAAUCCUACAUGUUCUUCAUUUAUUACUUCUUUCAAAUCCCUGAUUUUAAAUAAUUUUAUGUCUCCUCAUUCCCCUAAUGCUAAUUGCGAAGAGGAUGAAACUUGCGGGGCCCUUGACAACCUAAAAGAGUUCAUCACCGCAAACAGAAGGACUGAUGAAAUAAUUUACAAUACCAUUCCUCCUAUAUAUCCUGCAAUGGAGGCACAAGUAUUCAACAAAAAAUUAGAUUUCGCUACCCCUUACGUUGCAGGAUAUAUAGGACGAAAAAUAAUAUGCAAAUUGAAUUGCGAUGUCUGCUCAAAUAUGUUAACGUCCAGUGUAAUCUCGAACACAAAUAUUUUAAUAAGAAAAAAACCUAUGCAAAUUGUACUAUGAUGCAUCCUUCAGAAUUUUAUUUGAAUAUUUUUCACCAAAUGAUUUCUGAAACUAUCUUGAUGAAUAAUAGCACUCGCCUGCGGCUCGUGCUGCAAACUUCAUCUGCGUGAGUUAUGACCUACAUUACCGCUCGUUGAAUAAUAUACUAUUAAUUCACGUGUCGUAUACAAAAUUUCAUCCCAUUUUGAUGAAAUUUCAAAUAAUGAAUACUUUUUAGAGGAAAUAUUAGAUAUAAUUCAAAUUCAUAACUAUUCGAUCGAUGGUUGCUAGGGCACUAUGUAAUUAAUUGUUUGCAAGUGUCAAUGAAAAUUAUAGAACCGUCAAAGAAUUUUUAUUUCGAAAAAAUGUUGAGCGGUGACGAAGAGGUUUUGGUUCCUGAGUGCAUUAUACAAGAAGCAAAUGAGGCAGCAGAAGCAGUAAUUCCAUUAAAAUCAAAAAUAUUGUACGAAAAGCAAUAUACGGCAUUUUGUGCCUGGAGAAAUAAUAAAAAAGCCAAAGGUGUCAACGAAAAAAUAAUUUUGGCGUAUAUUUCCGAACAAUCCAAAAAAGUUAAGUCGUCGUCUUUAUGGUCCUACUAUUCGCAACUCAAGAAAAUGUUGGCUCUGAAAGAAAAAAUAGACAUCGGCAGAUUUCACCAAGUCACCGCCUUUUUGAAGCAACAUUCCAGGGGAUACGUAGCAAAGAAGUCGAAGGUAUUCACAAGAGAGGAGUUUGAAUACUUUUUAGAUGCCGCUCCUGAUGAGCAAUAUUUAUUGAUAGGGGUAGUUUUUAUUAUGGGUGUUGCUGGAGGGUGUAGAAUCGGCGAGCUGGUGACUAUGUCCGUAUUGGUUAUUCAGAUUCCAGAUAGGAAAACUUAUAAGAAAAGAGUGUUCACUGUGGUCAAUGGUACUAAUAAGAUUGCUGCACUCGAUAUAUUCCGCAAUUAUAGGAACUUGAGGCCAAGCAAAGUUGAUCACAAGCGACUAUUUAUAAAUUAUAAAAAUGAAAAAUGUACCGUCCAGCCUGUAGGUGUGAAUACAUUUUCGAAAAUGCCCGUUUCAUUGCAAAGUAUUUUGGCCUUUCUGAUGCUGAACAAUAUACAUACAGGGCACAGUUUCAGGCGUUCUUCUGCAACCCUACUCGCAAAUUCUGGGGCAGAUUUUACAGUUUUGAAAAGACAUGGUGGAUGGCGCUCAAGUUCUGUUGCAGAAGGAUAUAUUGAAGAUUCACUACAAAACAAAAUAAAUAUUUCUGAACAAAUACUUGGUGGGGUCACAAAAACCGGAGUUCCUGAUGCAGAAAUGGAUAUUCCAGCAGGGCCUGAGAAGUCCUCAAAAACAUGUGCUAUAACGACUGAGCGUGUUUCCCUUGGAGGAGGUGCAAGUUUCCAGUUCCAUUUUCAAAAUCUUAAUAAUUGUAAUUUUUACUUUAAUGAUAGAAAUGACUGUUAA